CAGGCUGGGCUGCACCGCAGCGCAUACACUACAAUGGCUGCUGGAAAGACGGGAAAGCAAACAAUUUCCAGGCCCGCCGCGUCCAGCCCGAAAUAUGGGGAAAAAAUUACAGAAAAAUCGGAGAACACUGUAAAGGGUGGAAACGGGGCGCAGAGGGGAUGCUGAGGCUCCCGCGACCAGUAAAAAUGGGAAGUACUGGAUUCUGGUUUCCUCCAAGAAGAGUCAGCGGAACUGGUUAAGACCAAAAUCUGAGGACUUUAGUGGGCAAACAUCAGUCCCCUUUUGCUUUCUUUUACGACCACAUGAAACUUGAGAAGCCAUCUAAAGCUAAAUCAUUUAGUGGAGUUGGGCAAUUCCCAAGUGUCCAACAAGAAGGCCUGGUUUAGGCUGCGAUGGCCACUGUCAUUCCUGGUGAUUUGUCAGAAGUAAGAGAUACCCAGAAAGUCCCUUCAGGGAAACGUAAGCGUGGUGAAACCAAACCAAGAAAAAACUUUCCUUGCCAACUGUGUGACAAGGCCUUUAACAGUGUUGAGAAAUUAAAGGUUCACUCAUACUCUCACACAGGAGAGAGGCCCUACAAGUGCACACAACAAGACUGCACCAAGGCCUUUGUUUCUAAGUACAAAUUACUAAGGCAUAUGGCUACUCAUUCUCCUGAGAAAACCCACAAGUGUAAUUAUUGUGAGAAAAUGUUUCACCGAAAAGAUCACCUAAAGAAUCACCUACAUACACACAAUCCCAACAAAGAGGCCUUUAAGUGUGAAGAAUGUGGAAAGAACUACAAUACCAAGCUYGGGUUCAAACGUCACCUGGCUUUGCAUGCUGCAACAAGUGGUGACCUCACCUGUAAGGUAUGUUUGCAGACUUUUGAAAGCACAGGAGUGCUGCUGGAGCACCUAAAAACUCAUGCAGGCAAGUCGUCGGGUGGAGUGAAGGAGAAAAAGCACCAGUGUGAACACUGUGAUCGUCGGUUCUACACCCGAAAGGAUGUCCGCAGACACAUGGUAGUGCACACUGGAAGAAAGGACUUCCUCUGUCAGUACUGUGCACAGAGAUUUGGGCGGAAGGAUCACCUCACGCGCCACAUGAAGAAAAGUCACAACCAAGAACUUUUGAAGGUCAAAACAGAGCCAAUGGACCUUCUAGAUCCCUUUACCUGCAAUGUUUCUGUGCCUAUUAAGGAUGAGCUGCUUCCAGUGAUGUCUUUACCUUCCAGUGAACUGACAUCAAAGCCAUUUACAAACACUUUGCAAUUAAAUCUCUACAACACUCAGAUUCAGUCCAUGCAGAGUUCUGCGUCUGCACACCAAAUGGUUGCCACAUCGUUACCAUUGGGAAUGCCUUGUCCAAUAGAUAUGGAGUCUGUCCACCCUUCUCACCAGCUAUCGUUGAAAUAUCCGCUCGGUACUACCUCAUACGCAAUUUCUAUGCCUGAAAAAGAACAGCCAUUGAAAGGGGAAAUUGAAAGUUACUUAAUGGAGUUGCAAAGUGGUAUGCCUUCUUCAUCCCAGGAUUCUCAAGCAUCUUCRUCAAAACUAGGGCUGGAUCCUCAAGUAGGGCCACUAGAUGAUGGGUCUGGGGAAGUUUCCCUUUCCAAGGGCUCCGUUCCUAUUAGCGAACCUCUAAACGCCCCAUCAUUGGACUUUUCUCAGCUGUUCAACUUCAUACCUGUAAAUGGCCCUCCCUAUAACCCUUCUGUUUCAGUGGGAAACCUCGGAAUGAGUUACACGCAAGAGGAGGCACAUUCUUCUAUGACUCAACUUCCCCCACAAACCCAGGAUCCACAAGAUCCUAGCAAUAGUAUAGGUCUUGGGUCUCUGCACUCRUUGUCAGCAGCUUUCACAAGCAGUCUAAGCACAACCACCACCCUACCACGAUUUCAUCAAGCUUUCCAAUAGGAUGUACAAAGCUGGCUUGUUACUGUCUAUUUGUAGAAAUGCCUUAGGUGACCAUUUUUAACUUAGUGCCUACUAUAAGACAUUAUAAAUUCUCUGCUUUUGUACAGUACCAAUCUCAUGAAGCCAGUAAGAAAUUUAAAUUAACUUUUUUUAAAUGUUUUGAAAGUGUUUAUUCUCAGCUGUGUUUACUUUGGUUUGUUUUUUUUAAACAGUCUCAUUGUAUUGUUUUCAUUUUCACUGCCAAUUUACACAUUCAGAAUGUUCAGUAGAAAGUCAUCCCAAGCAGACUCUCAACACUCAUCCCAUUUUUAAAACUUUUUCAACCAUACCACCUAUUCUGUUUUAUUGAUGUCAGUGCUAGAAUUGCCACUUUUACCUUUUAAUAUAUUUUACUAUUUGCAAAUAAUCCAUUUAAAAUAUGUAUCACAAAAAUUCCUAAAGAUWUUGGAAAAAGAUUCUCCAGUCCAUUUCCAAACAAAUCCUCUUCCCAAAUGGUGACACGUCCGACCUGUUCUAUAAUGACAAAUCUAAAUUUUUUAAAGAAAUACAGAAUUCAGAUUUUUCUGAAAGCUUGUGUGUGUAUAUAUAGACGUCCAUAUAUACACAUGUACAAAUAUAUAGCAUUUUGACUUGUAUUGAAGUCAUUAUAAAAGUUGUUAUGAAUUUUGUUUUGCCAUUUUCUGGCUUAAAUUUUGRUGGCCUGUUACGAAUAACAGAAGAAAAAAAAUUCAGUUUAAUUCUCUAAAAUUAUGGCUGAACAAAAUUUCAUCAGAGAAUCUCUGCUUGCCUAAAUGACAAAYGUUUCAAGUUGAAUUUGGAACUGUGUUGUUGUGCUUUCGAGACUCUGGUAUAGGGAAACAGGCAAAAUUAAUGGCUGAUCUUGAAAUAGAAAAGUGUUGUAAUGUAGUAAUGCAGAAUGUUUUGUCGCAGUUUUUGUUUUAAUUCUUAACUUGCUGUUUUUUUUCUCUUUAGUAGCAUAGAAAGAGUACUGCAUAGGAACCUUCCAGUAGUGUAUUCAUGUUUGUAGGCAUCAGUCUUCUCCCYGUUGCCACCGCCAAAGGGUGGAUCAAGUCCAGCCAGAAAGUGUGUAUCUAUUUUCAGUUCGAAACUAGUGUGCAGUCAGAAAGUGAAUGUAAAUUUGCAACUACCAGUUUGUUUUCUUUUCUUUCGUUUUGUUUUUAUUGGAAUKAUCUUUUCAGUUGUGUUACAUGGUGUGUUAUGUCCUCCUAAGCAACAAGUUAGAUGUUAAUCACACUUUCUACACCUGGGUACUUGGUUAGGGACUUUUUGCCCAUUGCCAAGAUUUAAAGACAGGACUCUUAGGAGUGAAGUAAAAGCAUAUUGCUUACACCACUUUUACCUAAUGCAAUGUAUUCUAUUCCCCAACCCCUAAUAACCAAAAGAGGAAAAAAAACCCGAAAAAAACAACCAACCCUGUGAUGCAUAAAAGCAAACUAGAUUUGCUGUAAUUCAACCAUAACAUUAUUUUCCUUGUCAUUUUUGUACAAGGAAUUAAAAAAUAGAAAUCAAGUACAUUAGUAUCUCUCAAACAAUAAUGAGGAUUCRUACAAGGUUUUAAGUGGUUAAAUUAAAUAUACUUCACAGAAACAAAAGUUGCUCCCAUUUAAGGAGCUCAUGCUCCGGAUGUUUUAUCAGUAGCUCCUACUGGUUUUUGAUAAUUCUAGGAGCAAUAUGCAGGUGUAGUUUUACUAUUUUAUACAUAUGUGUAUUUAAAUUUUAUUACUGAAAGAUAAGAUAACAUUUUUAUAAAUAUGUUUGUGUUCCAAAGGCAUUAAAAUAAGGAUGUAUUAAUAAGGAAAUUACCUUUUGAAAUUCUGCAAACUACUCCUAGAUUUUGGGUUUAGGAGCACGUUAUCUCAAAGUGGGCGUUUAGCUCUGCUUCAUGACUGCUUCCUCUGGUUUCUGUGAAACAGAUUGCUCACUUACUUACAUCUUUAGUUGAAUGAUUUGUUCAAUAUUGCUUUUUUUCCCUUCACCUUCCUAAAGGAAAGAAAAACACAGAUGAACAGAGCACAAGCUGAAUGCAACCGAAUGUAACUCUAGUUUAAAUGAACAACCAUAAUGCAUCUAAGAAAAUUUGGGUUUAUUCUCAAUCCUUCUAAGGAAUCUGAGAUGAAGAUAAAUGGACUUAAUUCCUCCAGUGGGUUAUGUCCUGUGUGGAGCCAAGCAUCUGCAACUCUCCCUGCAGCAGAGGAACGCUGCGAGUGCUUGGCAUCCGGCAGCUGGCRCAGCAGCGUGGCCGGGCAGCACAGCCCUCCCUGGGCAGCCUCUGGCACACAAAUUCCCAGUCCAUAGCCACUGUUUAUCAAUCUCAGCUGCUGAAAGACUUCAUCAAAAACAAAACCCACAGACACUUUGCCAACACCCGUUUCUUAGUGCGUAGCCAGAACCCUUACUUACCUUGUUCGUGCCUUAGCUUCCUGAAAAGGGAUUGACAUUUCACUUGGAGUUAGAURUACAUUUCACUUGAGAAAUAGAGACCUCAGACAAGAUAUUGAACCUCAUUCAGUCAGGAUUUCAGUGAGUGGCUGCACCCAKCGUGUUUGCAGCUGAACUAGGAUGUAGGGUAACAUGAAAGCAGACUGACCCUUUAAGCAAUACCAGCACCASCAGAGUGCUUUUUAGCAUCACUUAGGCAGAGUCAACAUUGGCCACUACUAAACCAUCAGUUUUUAAACCCCGUUUUCUUGAUUUCCCAUGGAUUCUUGGCGGGAGGGGGGAGGGCUGGCUGAUCAUGCACCACUCUUUGUGCAACUUCUAAACUUCUAGUAAGGUUGUUUUGUUGUUGGGUUUUUUUUUAAAUAUAUAUAUUUUUGUGUACUUGUUGCUUGUGCUUUAUUUAGUAGUAAAUUGUGGAAUAGAGUGAUUUAUUGUUAAUUUGGCAGUAGCGGUUUUUAAAAACCAUAUACUGACUGAAACAUGAGCCAGAGCUGAUUGCUUUAUUAAGCUAAUAAUGAAUGUUAAGAGUACAUAUUUUCAGGAUCAUUUGCCUAGUGAGCUAAACUUGUAUUAUAGGCCAAUAUUUUUUAAAAUAAAGCUUGGUCAACCUCUAUGUUACACAUAUUACAAGAUAUAGCACUUUCAAAAAGAAAACCUAAACCUUUUAAGAAAAUUUCUUACAGGUUAUGCUUUUUAUUAUAAAACCUUUUAUUAUAAUUUGUUUCAAGUGCCAUUAGAUUACAUAUAUGUAGGCCUUUGGUAUAAUGCUUUGUGUACAAAAUGGUAGACAAUGUAAUUUUAAACAGGUACAUUUUUACAGUGUUUUCUUAUCAAUUUGCUAUAUUGCACAGAACCAGCGUGUCUUUCUUAAGGGUUUUACAAUGGUUUUUACUAGGUUUACAUGUUUCAAACUACACUGUCUUCUACUGCCAUUUGGAAUACCAGUCAAAAACAAUUAGGAGUCUGUCCUCACUGUUUGCAAACUGUGUCCUCUGGAGUUCUUGAUGGUAAACUUUGUCAAAAAAUAUUUAACAUGCAGUAUUUGAUACAGAUUUUUUUUUAUCAUAUCCUAUCAUUGCUAUGCUGCUGUCUGAAGUUAACUUAGGGCCUGAUCCUGCAUCCAUAAAUGUUGAGGGGAUCCUGCAUCCUUUGUUAUGUCUGUCUCAUACACUGGUUUAGCAGCUUCUCCUGUAUUUUCUCAGCCCAUAGAUAAGCCUCUAAACUAUAUGUACUUAUCUGGUAUGUUGUAAUCCAUUAUAGGCUCAGCUGCCCGUCCUGCUUCCCCCCAGUGUACAGUUUAAACCAUAGCUUACUUAGCAUCAUGCUCRACUUACAAAUAAUGCCACAGUAGUUCAAAACGUGUUUGGGUAGUCCCAAAGCUUUUAUGCAAUAAGGGUGUCUUACUUUUGUUGGAAGGCAGUGUCUUUUGAUAACAGUUAUCUAGCCCUGGAAGUGACACAGAACUAUUGCUAAUCAUAUGUAAACACUUUUCAGUAUAAGCUUCAGUGGUACAGUUGAACCAGAGUGAAUGUUUAUCUCCUCAGAAACACUCCUGCAAUAUUGUUAUAUUGGAUCAUGCUGCUAAUGUAACUUGGGAUACAACUCCUCUCAUGGUGCUACAAACCUCCCUGUCUCAUUCAGAUGUAUUUUUACCCAUAGAAAAAAAGGACUAUACUAGACCUAUAGUUGUAUGAUAUAUUUUUAUACUGUGACUUAAUUUGUCAUUAAUGAACUUUGUGCAACACCACAAUGUAUUCAUAUGCACUUGCAAAAGUAAAAUUUUGGACAUGCAAAUUUAAACGCUGACAAGCCCAGCUCUUGUUCACAAAAGUAGGUGACUGCUAGUUAAUGUUAAAUGUGGGCUUUUUAUAUGGUGUGGAGUGAAGAACAUGCUAUAUAUUACURAAAGCCUUAGACAAAAACUGGGAAGAGUAUAUUGGGGAAUGAUCAUAUACCCAAACCUGACUCAGAUUGCUGAAAUUAUAUUUUUAGCUAGUGGAAAAUUUGUUUGGACUUGUAUGCUAAAAUGUUUUUAAUGAUAAAAGUUUUGAGUCAAAAAAAUAGAGAAAAAAAAAAGAACACAGAAAACCCUGCAUUCCAGACUGAAUUUGUAUAUGUUUCUUGCAUUUAAAAUUUGCUAUCCUGUGAUAUGGGAAAUUGAGUUGCUUAUCAUGUAUAUGUACUUUAAAAUGUAUUCACAAACUACUGUUGUAUUUGUAUAAAAUAUAGACAAAAAGAUUGCAUAUAUAUUUUUGUGUAUAAGCUCUGUAAAAUAGCAAUCACAUUAUGAAGCUGCAGCAGAACUUCAUUUUAAACAUUCACAUCCAAAGAAACAGACUAUUUAUUGUCCACAUACCCUGAUUAUAAAAUAUACCUUGCUGCUAUUAAACAAUAGUGCUGCAGCUUCUUGUGGCCUACAGUGUUAUGUUUGCUGUACAAAAAUAUGUGAACUCCACAAAAUAUAUCAAUAAAAUUACAGAAUGGUUUUAGUUAAUGAAUAACUUAUGCCUGGCAUUUCAAUAGACAAUCUUGAUCUGCAUGUGUGGGAUUGCAAUAAGUUAUUACAGAAUACAUCCAGUUUUGCUGGGUGUAGUUUUUCUGAGUUUGCAAAGGCAUAGCUGUCUUUCUAAUUUAUGACUGGUAAAAUGUCAGUUUUUCAGAAAAUCUUAAGGCAUAAAUAUCUGCAUUUCAUGAUUUCACCAAGGAACAAAUGGGAUGAUGCUACUGUGUCUGUGACAAGACAGAUUUGAACUGAAGGAAGCAAUUGAGUUUGCCAUCAAAUUGCACUUUGAAACGCUCUGAGACACUGGAAGGUGAGUAUGGGGUAUCCAUGGUGGGACCAUUCCUUUGGGAGACGUAGGUGAGUGAUUCUCCAUCAUUUCAGAUAAACGCACAUUGUAUACAUUGAUKGUUGUAAUUUACAGGACAAAUAAGGGCAUGGUAUGUGCUAGACACUCUAUGUGGGUUGUGUCUGUGCAGUAUUUCCAGGAGRAACUUAGUUGCUUUGAUCCCAUAGGUCUCCAUCUGCCCGUGGCACUGACUUCUGGAGAAGCCAGACUCUYGUGCUUGGGGAAGAGGUGCUUCGCAGCCAGACAAGCAGCCUGCACACAACUGCAGAAAGUUGCCUCUCUGCUCAUUCCAUGCAGUUGUUCCCUAGCAUAGACUGUCUGCCAGGAAAGUAAAAGAGUAACAUUUCACAUUUCAUUGCUCUUUGGAACGUAUUUUGUUAACAUCUUUAGCACUGUCUGUGYUUCCCUGCUUUUGAGUCACUCUCUUUUCUGAGUCUUGGCUUUUCAAGUUCCUUGCUGUAACCCAGUUGUAGAGAAAUGAUUGUGAGASAGAGUUUCUGGCUUUCCCCUUCUUCCUAUGCAGACACUUUUCCUUUCUUCUGAUCCGUACCCAUUUCCUCUGAGUGGACUUACAACUUYUGUGCCACAGUUUUUAACUCGUUUUAGAGGGUUGGCUUUGUUUUAUUGAGAGUCAAAAGCUCAUCAGAUGCUCUAUGAUAUGAAAGACUCUGCAAUWCAAUUUAUAAACACCCACAAACACAUACCCCACACACAUCCCCUCAAGAGAAAACCACCCCAUUCAUUGUGUUGCUGUCCUAGCUGGUCUCACCCAGUGUUACUGAUCUAACACGUCCUCCUUCCAGAAACCCUCUGGAAUCUACAUCAGCCUCCAUAAUAAGUGCAAUGUGAUUGCAUGGAUGACAUCUGUGUUUUAUCCAGGGAUCUYUUGGUGCAGUCCCUCCAGAGUUUCCUUGUUAAAUUUAGAGCCACGGGCAUCUUCCCUUCUCUCUCUCCUGUAACUUCCUCUUUYCAAAACUUGCAUAAGAAAGUACAGAAAAACAUUACUUUAGUAUACCUGUCUCACUCUCCUCCAGGAGUGUAAGAKGGAGGCGAUUCUGGUUUUCCCCUUAGCUCUCCCUCACUCUUUACAUCUUUUUUUUCCUUUACACAUACAAGCGUGCCCUAGGAUGAAAAACGGUUUUUGACAGAGAAAUCCAGAACUGAUGCAGAGCUACUGCUGGAUGAUCAAGAACUGAGCAGCUACAUGCUGCUGGCUUUCCUGCAUUGCAAAUCAAAACAUUGUAGUAAACUGAAUAAAAACUAGGUUUUCCCAAGUGGCAGCUGCCUUAGUUGGCACAGAGAGGGUUGGGGAUCACAGACAGGUAGCAAGUGGGACAGCAAGAUAAACUGUUACAAAAUUUAAUCUGUACUUAAUAGUUUGAAAAGUACACUGGAAGAUUAAUUGCUGCUUAUCAGUAGGAGCUGGGGCCUUUAGCAAAUAAACAGCAACACUGUAUUUUUGUUUUGAACAACAUUUGAGAUAACGGUGUUGAAAAUGACAGAUGCCAGCAGUACUGUGAAGUUUCGAAUUCCUGCUCRUGUGCUAUAUCCCAGGUAAUUAGGUAUUUCCUUUCUCUACUCCUAAUAAAGGUGUAACAGCUUGCCUGGUAUUUUUAUUUUUCUAUAAUUAUUUGUUGUAAUGGUCUGCAUGUCCUCAAGAAAUUAACAUUUUCAAAGAAAUAAGUAUUUGUGAAAMAAUACAAUGAAAAGGUCUGUUCUUCGUUGUCAUUGUCAUCACUCAGCCUUGUCUCUUUUGGGGCUAUUUGUAUCUCAAGAUCACCAGCUACAAAGCUGGUUUGCCUCAGAGGGGUCUGAAGAGACGUCAGCUAUUGGCUGAGCUCUCUGAAAACAGGAGUAUGGUAAUGCCUGCUGUGGCUGAGCUGGAAACCAUCUGAAUUGAUCCCUUGAUAGUUUAUCUGUGGGGCUGAUUCUCACUGCUGGGCUGAACUGCCAUGUACRAAGAAGAAUGGUUUAG